UUGAAACUGUAGUUCGGCAAACUGUCAAACCUGCGAGUUAGCGAGGGUUGCAAACGUAACAUUUAUCAUCGAUACCCGUAUUUACAAGAUGUCGGCUGGGAGUUUGGGCAACAGUGCGUGUGGAACAAUGCUUUGAAAAUUUGUUCGUUUACUAUGAGCUCCUUAUCAGCCCAGCUUCCUGCAUCAAGCUCAUCAUGCAGGACUCUACCUGGAGAAGGAAAUCAGGUGCAACCCAAAGCCCCACUCUUGCAGAUCUUGCGUGUUGCUGGAGCCCAGGAGGAAGUCUUCACACUCAAAGAGGUGAUGCACUACUUGGGUCAGUACAUCAUGGGGAAGCAGCUGUAUGACAAACAGAGGCAGCACAUAGUCCACUGCCAAGAUGACCCUUUGGGAGAGCUACUGGAAGUAGAGAGCUUCUCUGUCAAAGACCCGAGACCGGUGUAUGAAAUGCUCCAGAAGUACCUGGUGGUUCUUGGUUGUGCUGACGCUGCAGAGAAUCUUUCUGUGGGCCGUGAAUGUGUUGAGGGCGGAGUGGAGGAUCGUGGUCAGAUUUGUGGAGGUGUGGUCAAAGCAGGGCUGGAGGCUGGCAGUAAUGGGCCUCUCCUGCAGACCCCUUCCCAGAGGCGACCUCGGGAGCCAGAUGAUGACUCCCUUGAAGGCCUGCCACGGUCAGCCUGCAAACGACCCAAGCUGGAUGUCACUCUUGAUGAGUGGGACCUCUCUGGCCUGCCCUGGUGGUUUCUGGGUAAUCUCCGUAGUAACUACAGCCGUAGGAGCAAUGGCUCCACUGACAUCCAUACAAACCAACUGUCUCGUGCACAGGAGGAGGACACAGCCAUUGUGUCGGACACCACAGACGACCUCUGGUUCCUGACCGAGGGUGAGAGUGAACAGGUGAGCGUGGAGAUGAAAGAGGCUGCAUUGGAGGAAGGGAGCGGAGGCGAGGGAGAGACUCUACCUGAAAUUGAUGAUGGAGGAGGAAAAGAGGAGAAGGCAGAUCGAGAGAUGCAGGAAGAGCCAGAUGAAGACUCGCAGUGUCUGAGUGAUGACACGGAUACAGAGAUCUCCACACAGGACUCGUGGCAGUGCACAGAGUGCAGGAAAUAUAACACUCCUCUCCAGAGGUACUGUGUCCGCUGCUGGGCUCUACGAAAGAACUGGUACAAAGAUGUCCCCCGACUCGCCCAUUCCCUCUCUGUCCCUGACAUACCUGCAUGCAGCUCUCUCACCACCCAUGACGAGGAAGAUGACAGUGAUACAGGCAUCGAUGUCCCAGACUGCAGCAGGACAGUGUCUGACCCUGUCAUCCUGCCUUCUCACUCUACAGCUGACAGACCUCUACCCACUAUGGUUAUGGGCAAAGGCAAAGGGCCUCGACACUCUGCAACGCACAAGGAUGACCAGCUCUCAGGAGGGGAGAGCCAAGAAAGUCUAGGAAUGGAGGUUGAAGUUAGGCCUGAGGCACUGUUGGAGCCUUGCAAGCUCUGUCGAGUGCGACCGCGUAAUGGGAAUAUAAUACAUGGACGUACGGCUCACCUACUAACCUGCUUCCCGUGUGCAAGGAGGCUACAUAAAUUCCAGGCUCCUUGUCCGGGAUGUGGAAAGAUAAUUCAAAAAGUUAUUAAGAUAUUUGUCCUCUAAAAAGCAGACACACCUCAGUCAGGCACUCAGACCUACUAAGGAAGAAAACACACACAUAUUUUCAAACAUUAGACCUUACAGCUGCAUGCACUCUGGUACACAACCGCUGCCCGUAGACACACAAACACACACAACACGUGCACCUUACCUUACCUUACUUCCACAGAUAUACACAAAGUAUAGAACUUGGUGAAGUUUGCUCUUGAUUGCAUGGUUUAUUUUGCAUCACACUGCCUCUGAAGUAUUGUUAAAUAUCUAACCUUGGACAUGAGUUAAUUACACAUAUAAAUAAGGGAUAUUAAAAAAAGUAUUUAUUUAUUUACGAGAAGGUCAUAUAAGAUAGCAGAGUUUGUGUGGGCCCGUUAUGUAAUUAUCUUAUUUCAGAAGCCUUGUUUUUUGAGGCUGUGAAGAUUUUCUUGUUUCUUUCUACUGUGUUUGUUGAAUUGUGCCAUCCAGGAACUAGUAUUGCUUGCCUUGGUUCUGUUAGUUUUGUUUGAUUUUCUUUUUCAGUAGGCUCACUUCAAACCACAACUGGACAUUAAUGGACAAAUCAACGCAGGUAUGUAACUACAAGAAUUUUGCCUUGAGCAUUUUCCAGGCCUGUAAAAAAAUAAUUGAAUGUUAUAUCCUGUGAAUCCUCUUAGGUGGCUCUGAGAUUUGAUUUGAGUUAUGAAGACAAGAUUGAAGGAAGAACAACACUUAAAACCAAGUUUUUGUCAUCAACAGCUGCAUUUCCAUGAAAGUAUCCUCCUAAGCUUUUCUUUUUUUAAAAGUGCGCGCUCAGCAUAAGUGAAUGUAACGUAAAAUACAACUGUGGUGGCGUAAGUUGUCUCAACAAAAAUAUUUUCAGAAGUAGAGUUGAAUUUAACCUGCUUGAGAAUGCACAGCUUGUGUUGACUGGGUUUUUCUCUCGGUAGUAUUUCGAUGUUAAUAUGUGUACAAUAUUUACAAAUUGUCACGUGUCUGAUGACAGUUCUGCCUGCAGCGAGUUAUGCCAUGAUUAUUUUAAUGUUUAAUUUCAAGAAGGUCAUUUUACUUCCCUUCUUGAAUUUAUGAUAAAUUAACAUUUCUGUAUAUUUUGUAUUUAAUUUAUUUAUGAUUGUUUUAAUUGUUCAGACGACCACCUCCAAUGAAGCCUAAAAAAGCUGCACUUGUUACAUUAAACAGUUCUAAUAUGUAAUUUGCAUCUAAAAUGUUUUCGAGGAGAUAUACAGAAAGUCUUUAAGGAAACAGUUACCAAAUGUACCCUCAGUGAAAAACACUGCAUAGUACUUAAUGGGUGAUGGGGGUUUGAUUUAAGCGUUACACUGCCAUGUAAUGAUUUUGAACUUUAAUUUGUAUAUGAUAGAUUUUAUUUAGAUUGUUCUUUAUUGCAUUAUUUGAUGAUUGUAUUGCUGGACCACAGUGCUAAUACUUAUUUUGAGUGAGUGUGAGCUGUCUAUAAAUACAGUAUGCUAUACAGAGCUAAGACAUAAGAUGUUCAGUGACGGAAAGCAUUUAAUUCUUGGCUCUGCUUUACUUACAGGGAGCUUCAUAGAUUUUCAGUCUGCUCUUUACUUGUGCUGAACGUUUCUGCCAGCAGGUGGGGAGAAGUCUCAAUAUUGUAUCUGCCCACAGAGGCUGUACAGUAUCAGUGAUAACGUAAUACAUACAGUAUAUAGAGCAUGCUUACUCGUGACUAGAACAGCACUGAGCCUGUGUGAGAGCUAAAGCUAUAAAAGAUAAAUGUAGCCUGUUGUAUGUAUCACCAUCAUUGUGCACCUAGAGAAAUUAACUUCCUCUAUAAACAGACCUCAUAACACAGUGGCAUAUGAAUCAUGUUAUACCAGUGUUACUGGCUCAGAGUUAAUUAUUGACAUUAAAACUACAAUGUGAUCAAACAUGGUACAGUGAAUAUAGUUGUUUUUUUUCUACUUGUCGUGGAAUAAAAGUUCUUUUGUAAAGCACUAAAGAGUUGGAUGUUAAUUGUUUAAAUCACUUAACUUGCUUAACAGGAGGGCAGUUGAUGUAUAGUACCCACUGGCAAAGAGAAGUGUGUG